AUGAUUAAUCUGUUUGACACUUUUCAACCCAAGUCUUUCACACCGUUCGCUGGUUUCGCGGCUCCAACCAAUUCUAUGUGUUCUCAUUCAUUGAGCCAGCUCACAGGAUUUGCAAUUAAUAAUUUCAUUGCACAGCAGAAUCUUCCCUCGAUUUCUGAAAUAUUUUCUCCAAUACAGCAAAGUGAAACUCCACAAAAUACUUCUUUCUCGGAUGUCACUCGAUUUGGAAUAUCAGAAACUUCUGACAAGAGUCAUCAUCUCGCUUUUUCAAACACUGCUUGUAACACUGUAGCGGAAAGAGUUCCAACUGUAUCAUCUGCUAUUCCAUCACCAACAUUAUCUUCAACAACGCUUCAACUCGACAAUGAAUCUGCAGCAAAUUCACAGAGUCAUCCAACGUUUCCUGUAAUCAAUAAACCCAGCGCCCAGGAGAAAAAAGAAGCACACUUGGUGUUAGCUAAUCUCUUGGAAGAAAUUCCAAAAUUUGAUGAAUAUAACAACACAAAGCUUAUGGAAACAACCGGAUGGACAGAAGACAUGAUUAGGAAAUGGUUCAAGGAAACAAGACAUCAGAAAUUAGAAAAGCUCUUUUUUGAGCAUCCAUUCGCUGACGAACAGAAAGCAAGAAAAGUUGGAGUGAUUAUGCCAGACUCUAUUUCGGUGCACAACUAUAUUUCUAUGAGAGAAAAGUUGAUUGCGAUUCAUGGAAAUGUGAAUUUUGUGCAUUCCAGAACCAUAAAUGAGAAAGAAGAAAAAAAUGUGGAAUCUGAAGGGAAAGAAAAGAUUCUAUCAGAAACUACACUAUCCAAAAAUCCCGGAGACGACCUCCCAACUGGAAAACAAUCCGUAAAAGCUUUAGAAAUGGAGACGUUCCAAGAUAAAAUAAUGAAGCGUCUUUUCAUAAAUCAACCAUUCAUGGAAAGCGCACCGAUUAUUAAUUCCUACAUGAAUUUAGCAAGAGAAACGUGCAUAGCAAAGUACCUACGUGGAAUCCUCACUCUUGACGAUCUCCCUCAACAGAUGCUAAUUCUUGAAUUUUUGUUGCAAAAAUCCAAUCAAGUUAGCAGACAACUAGUGGUGAAUUUAGCGGCGAUUGCGAAAGUGAAGGAGAGUCAGGUGUACGACUACAUUGAAAUGAGAGCUCGCUGUAUAAAAGAGUUUGAAGCAGAACAGAGAAUGAGGAAUGAAGUGGAUAAGGGAAUUGUUGGAAAACAUAGCUCAGUUGGAAGCGAUCAAGAUAAAUGA